AUGAUGGCAUUGCGCCAGCUGCUCGGCGUUACUUGCCUUGCACUUCGUCUUCUAAUAUCCUCUGUUGGCGUACAUGGAAUUACAGACCAUUCCCGAGAACUUCACAGCAAGCCCCAGGAUCCUUCUUGGAACUCCACAGGUGAUACAAGUCCAGCCAUCAGUGCCGCUGCAACGUCGUCGAGGCUAAGCACACCUUCUUCCGAAGGAAUUGUGGCUCCUCAGACGACUCCAUCAAGCAUUCAACCACUAAAAGCUGGUGCUGUCUUGUUGCAGCGUCCUAGGCCUUUUCAGCGUUUUCGGCCUUAUCAAAAUUUUCCCCCUGAGGACCACGCAAUCCUUUCUGCGAAUACUUUACUUUCAAGCUCGAGGGAUACUUUUACACCAACUGGGGCAGGUUCCUUGUUCUCUACCGAUAGAUCUGUUUACAUUUUAGGCGCGACUCGCGGAAGCUCGACCGCAUCACGAAGUAUAUCAGCGUUAACGUCGGCUUAUACUGACGGUUUUCGAGUCGUACGGCCGUCCGAUGGCACAGCAGGUCAUGUUCCGGCGAGCGCGCGCAAAGCAUCCUCGACUCCGGCAGGGUAUCCACAAGGUCCAAUUGCAAGUCUUCCACCCGCAAGCUCCGCCAUUCGAACAAUGACUUCAGGCUCUGCACUUAGUGGUAGCAAGAAUGCAUCGGCAAGCUUGAAAUCUGUCGCUGCAGCAUCAGGAACAGGGGAAAGUCCAAGGCUCGUAGAAGUUCUGGAUUCAAUCAAGAACAGAACCGAAAGCAGGACCAGAUUGCAUCCUUGGCUCGGACCAAGACCGCUUGAUGUUGGGCCAAUUCAUUUGCCUCUUUGGAGCUUGAGGAUUGGAACGUACGCCACCCCUGGAGGGCAAAUACAAAUGCCACCUUUAGCAACGGCUACAGGCAGCGAUAGAAUCUCAUCAACCGAAUUUAACUUGGCACCCUCGGGAAAGGGAGAGAGCUCGGCGCUAAGAAAUUAUCUCAACUCUAUGAACAAUAAUAGGACCGAAGGCAGGAAUCCAGAAAGAAUAAAGUCCUAUAGACCUUCAGGAGGCCAAUACCCCACGAAUUGUUCAGGUCUUGUCACCAGUACUGCACAUAUUGUGUACGAGACUGUCACUUCCACAAUACUGGUCAAUGAGACCUUAACGCUAGGUCCAAACGCUACGACACCGCUUCCUGUGUUUAUUACUCCACCUCCAGCUUGCCAGACUAUCACCGCGCCGUGCGAAGGGCCAGAUUGCCCUUCGAGUGGGACUCAGCCCAUCUUCCCUCCCAUCGUUGGCCCUCCUAUCCCCAAGAAACCACUGCCACAACCUCCUAUUGUGUUGACACCAUACACGCCAUUUACAAUUACAAGUACGCUUCUUGUCACCAAAAAAUCGCCUGCCAUUGUGCAACAACUGUCUACGGUUGGAAACUUGUUCGGGCCCUCAACGCCAACUCCCCAAGCUAUAGCGGCUCAGCCAAUUUCCGAUGGCCACCAAGCUACGGGACAAAAUUCUGGAUCCUCCAACCCUGAUGUGUCUACACAGUCAGACGGUUCGAGCCCGUCAGAGUCUGAUAGCGACGGCCAGUUUCCUGACAAAUCCAUGCCCCAGCAAAAUCCCACAAACGGCGAAUCUCCGUCGGCAUCUUCCAAUAGCCGGAAUUCGGGUUCGCAAAAGCCGGGCGUAGGAUCUAGUGGGGGCCAGUCUACUGGAAGCAAUGAUCAGAUAGCCUCGAAUGGGAUUCAGCCGAAUGGAGGAGCUUCGAACAAUGGAGGUGCUUCGAACAAUGGAGCUAAUCCGAACCAUGGAGCUAAUUCGAACCAUGGAGGUAUGUUCAGCAACGGAGAUGCUUCGGGCAAUGGGGAUGCCUCGAGUAAGGGAGAUACGUCAAACAGUGGGAGCACGAAUACCGGAGGAGGUGUUUCGAGCAAUGGAAAGCUUGCGAAUAAUGGAGGUGCUUCGAUUAAUGGAGAUUCUCCGAGCGUUGGAGACAGUUCGAGCCGCGAAGGAGGUUCCUCAAAUGCUGAAGGUACCUCGAGCAAUGGAGCUGCAUCGAACAAUGGAGAAGACUCGAGUAGUAGAGAUGGUCCCGAGCCGGAAGACGAAAGCAGUGCUGACUCACACGGAAGCCAAUACGUCCCCAGUGUCGUUAUGGCUGGCAAUUUGCCGGUCUCUAUCGCUAGCAACGCGGUAGUUGUCGGCUCUCAUACGGUCAACGCUGGAUCCCCGCCGACUACCGUCGUUGCCGCUGGUCAAACGAUAGCUAUUCAGCCGUCUCAAAUCGUGGCACAAGGAAAGACGAUUCCCAUACAAGUGGCAGUCACCCCUCCGCCUGCGAGUUCUGCGACAAUAGGUAAUGUGCCUGUUGUGCUGCGGCCUCAAGAUGUUGCAAUUGGCUCUAAAACAUUUGAGCACGGUUCAACGCCGACAUCGGUCGUUUAUAACAGUCAAACAUACAGCUGGGAUGCUAGCCACUUAGUGGGGGCGGGCGCAACGGUCGCUUUUCCAUCCGUGGAUUCCUCUGCUCCCCGCGUGACCGCUGGGGGUCAGGUGUUCUCUGUGUUCCCCUCCCAGCUCAAAGUAUCGGGAAGAUACAUACCUCUACCCAAUACUGCAAAUGCUUCUCCUUUCGUGUACAAAGGCCAGACUUUCGCGGUCAACCCCUCACAAAUUAUCGCUCCUGACACAAGUAUCAUACUACCUCCGGCCGGAAAGGUAACACCGUUCGUCUACAUUGACCAUAGUCUUUCUGUGGAUGCGUCACAAUUCAUGGCCCGAUCGACGACCAUACCCUUAUCUUCUGGAUCCGGAAUUGUCACCUACAAUGGGCAGGUCCUUACUAUCAAGCCGUCCGAGAUCAUUGGCCCUAGUACGACCAUUGCACUUUCGGCGCUAGACGACAGUGGUGCAUCGCCCACGGCUGUCACUACUGGAGGUCUCACAUUCUCAAUAGGACCUUCGGCUGCAGUGAUUGGAUCUUCAACCUACUCUUUCGUUCCUGGGAAGGCUCCCGCAACUAUAAUGACCCAUGGUGAAGCAGUCCUCGUGGGAUCAAAUGGCGUACAAUUCGGGAAUCUUCAUGUUCCAAUACCUACAAUUACCCCUAGCUUUUCAGCCAUCACUCAAGGGGAUCUGACCUUUUCAGUCGCUCCAUCAGAGGUGGUCAUUGGUGGUCAUACUAAUAAUAUCCAGUCUGACAUGACCCCAAUCACUACAAUUGUCGAUGGUCACACAAUCAGCAUCGGCCCCAAGGGCGUGGGCCUUGCCAGUACUACCAUUUCUCUCCCAACGCCCAAGCCAAGCUUUUCAAUGGCCACCAAGGGCGAUCUAACAUUUUCUGUCGCUCCUUCAGAAGUAGUGCUAAAAGGCAAAACAUAUUCUAUUGCAUCAAACGAGGCACCCAUUACGACAGCCAUCGAUGGCCAGAUAAUGACCAUUGGGCCCAAAAGCAUCCACAUCGAAGGCACCACCGUCAAUUUGCCGGUCAUCCAAACUCCAAACAGUGUAACAGCCGCCGGUCUCACUUUUGCAGUCGGAGCCACAGACGCAGUCAUCAGCGGCACUACCUAUGCCAUCGGAAGCGGAGCACCACUUCAAACAGUCGUGGUGGGUUCCCAAACUAUAGAGAUGGGAAGCGCUGGGGUCAUGCUUCCCUCUACCACAAUAGCCCCUGAGCAGACACAGAUUGCCGUAACAGCGGAUGGCUUGACGUUCUCAGUGGGCUCUACCAAGGCAGUGAUCAAUGGUACAACCUACGCCAUUGGAAGCGGUGCUAUGGCUAAGACCAUAGUAGAAGGAUCAAUAACGAUGAUACUAGGAACGGAUGGUGUCGCAUUGCCAUCGACGACGAUCAGACCUUGGUCGAGCGCGGCGCAAACAGGCUUCUCCUCUGUUCUCAGGACAUCUGGCGCCUCGUCUGCUGCCACUGCGACUGGACCUUUGACACCAAUAGUCACAGGUAAGGAAGGCGACAGGACGCAUGCAGCAGGAAUCUCGAUGAGAGUUCCCAAUAGCAGCACACUUCUGGGUCUCGUACUUGGGAUUUUGAUGCUAGGCCUGAGGUUGAUUUGA